GCUCUACAACAAACAGGAAACACACGUUCUAUAAAAAGUGAUUGACGUUACAGUUAGCCAAUGGCGUCUCGCUUACCACUGAAUAAGCCAAUUGCCUUAGAGAAGAAGGGCGGGACGUCCUGUAAUGUGAUGCAAAUUCGACGGACAGGCCUGUUAGUCCCACCUUUUUGUGUUUCCCGCACCGUCAAUCAAAAUAGAAAAAAAUCGUCCCGAAUUCACCGAUCAACACUAGCCCGCCUUUGAUAAAAUAAUCAUGUUUAGAGUUUAGUUUAUCCGAUAAUCCUCCCGGUUACUACCACUCACGCUAUGACUGGUACGUAAACAUUUACCGCAUCGAAGCGUGCAACUAAUCGCGCCAGAGCAGCCUCUGAAACAAGGAGAAAUGGCGUCCGCGGACGUGGACAGCAGUCAAAGCGAGUUUCUGCAACCCGGCGGCGCAGCGGAAACACAGACCACAGACAUGUCUGCCAUUCAGCUGACGGGUUCGGAUCGAUGGGAGGUGUUGACGCCUGUCUCGGCCGGGAAGGAAGAUCAGGGAAUUGUCCACAUUCCAAACUCCGGGAUCGUCACGUCCAACGGGCAGUACAUGCUUCCCAUCGGGAGUCUUCCCAACCAGCCCAUUUAUGUUACAGCAUCUGGGAAUGAGGCUGCAUCCAACGGAGUGUCAGGCAUUCAGUAUCAGGUCAUCCCCCAAAUCCAAAAUGCAGACGGGACACUCACAGGAUUCACGCAGGGACUAGACGACGGCACGGGGCAGAUCCACCUCCUGCAAGAUGGCCAGGGCGGCAUUGGGAUCAGCUGUGCCACCACGGCGACCACAGACCUCCUGACGCAGGCGGGGCAUGUACAUUCAAUCCAAGGCGUCUCGCUGGCCGGGGGGUCGGCGUACAGCGGAACCGUAGGGCUGCCUGGCAACAUAACGUUCGUUCCGAUAAACAGUGUGGAUCUGGAGUCUCUAGGGCUGACCGGAGCGCACUCGGUCCCCAUCGCUACGGGGGUAACGGCGGAAGGUCAGCUGAUCAUGGGCGGCCAGACCAUGGACAGUCAGGGCCAGGAUGGCGGUGCCAAGCAGUCGCUGGUGACCGUCAGCGGCGCAAACCAAGAACUCUACGUGCCAACCACCUCGUCCUCCUCGAGCUCCUCCCAUCUCCCGGAGACCAUCGACGGCACCGGGGUCCUCACCCAAGCCACCGCCGUGUCCGCGGGCGUGUCCGACCCUUCCUCCGAGAACUUCAACUCCCACAACCACCUGCAGCAAAUCCAGGUGUCUUCCUCCAACGCCACCACUAUGUCGCAGCCCAUCCUGCAUCUGUCUGGGGACGGUCAGGGCCAGGGUCAGGACCUGAAUGCAGGGGGUCAGACUCUCCAGAGUGUGCAGCUGGUCAACCCGGGGACCUUCCUCAUCCAGGCCCAAACGGUCAGCGCUACCGGACAGAUCCAGUGGCAGACCUUCCAGGUUCAAGGUGUCCAGUCACUCCAGGGGCUUCAGUUGCCCCAGGGGCAGGGACAGGCCCAGCAGCUGACCUUAGCCCCGGUCCAUACCCUUCCUCUGGGCCAGACAGGCCAGGUCAACCUGCCCAACCUCCAGACGGUCACGGUGAACUCUGUAGCCCAAUCUGGAGUCCAGUACAGCCAGGGGGAGGACGCAAAUAGUCCAAUCGGCAUCCAGAUAAAGGAGGAGCCGGACUCUGAGGAGUGGCAACUGAGUGGAAACUCCACGCUGAACCCCAGCGAUCUGAACAACCUGCGUGUUCAGAUCGGAGACGAGGACAUGGACAUGCAGGGCGGCGAGGGCAAGAGGCUCCGCAGAGUAGCCUGCACCUGCCCCAACUGCAAAGAGUCCGGAGGAAGAGGCUCGGGCAUGGGGAAGAAGAAGCAGCACAUCUGCCACAUCGCCGGCUGCGGGAAGGUUUACGGGAAGACGUCUCAUCUCCGAGCUCACCUGCGCUGGCACAGCGGGGAGAGACCCUUCGUCUGCAACUGGAUGUUCUGCGGGAAGAGGUUCACCCGGAGCGACGAGCUGCAGAGACACAGGAGGACACACACGGGAGAGAAGAAGUUUGUGUGCACCGAGUGCUCCAAGAGGUUCAUGCGGAGCGACCACCUGGCCAAGCACAUAAAGACUCACCAGAACAAGAAAGGCAUGGUUCCUUCCUCCACGUCUCCGCCCACUCCCGAUACUCUCAUCACCGCCGACGGAACCACACUCAUCCUCCAGACCACCACCCACGACCUCCUAGCCAAUCAGGAGAUCCCGUUGCAGCUGGUCACCGUGGCGUCCGGUGAGGUCAUGGAAUGAGGGAAUGAGGGGGUGAAUAGUUGUUUUUUUUUGUUUUUGAGAACUGGCCUAUCACAGGGACCUCUUGGGCUUUUCUC